AUGACGGGCCUUUCUCCUUCCUCCAUUGCGGUCCUGGUAGUGGUAAUCGCCAUUAUUGUGAAGACAUUGCUAUCGCGCCGACAAUACAAGGCAAAGUACAAGCUGCCGCCGGCGAUUCCGGGAUGGCCUAUCAUUGGCAACACGCUGGGUGUGCCGUUCCCAGCUGGGGUGUGGGGCCAUGAGAUGGCGAAGAAGUACGGCGAGAUGUUCACAUGUCGUCUUGGUGGGAAAAGCAUAAUUUAUCUAAACUCAGCUCGCGUGGUGACGGAUCUCCUCGGGAAGCGAGCGAGCGUCUACUCCUCACAUCCCUACAAACCAAUAGCCCAGGACAUCGCCUCAGACGGCUCCCGCAUGCUGCUGAUUGGCUACACCGACCAGUGGCGCAGCCAGCGCAAGAUCAUGCACUCGAUCCUGAACGGCCAGCAGGCCGAGACCAAGUUCAUCCCGUUCCAGGAGCUCGAGGCGAAGCACCUGCUGUGGGAUUACCUCCACACGCCAGACCAGUUCUACACGGCGAACCAGCGUUUCCCUGACUCGGUGAUCAUGAGUGUAAUCUUUGGACGAAGGGCACAGCUGGGGGACGAGCAGCUCACGAAAAUGCUCAAUAUCGUCAAGGAGUUUGCCGAGCUCCUUUUCAGCGCGACGAAAAAGCAAUGCAAUUUGUUCCCCUGGCUGGCGCGUCUGCCGAAGCCGCUGCAGUGGUGGCGGCCUUACGGCGAAGACUUUCUGAGGCGCGCUCUAGCUAUCUAUCAACGCGAGGUCGACAACCUCCUAGACAGGACGAGCAAGAACACCGCCAAGCCAUGCUUCGCAGCCGCGCUCAUCGAAGGCUCAUCGAAGAAAGAGUUCCAGCUCGCAGAAACAGAGAAACUAAUGAUCUACAGCAUGCUCCUCGAAGCCGGGAGCGACACCUCGCGCACCGCCAUCACACAACUAAUCGCCGGCGCAGCCGCGUGCCCCGAAUGUACACGCACGCACCGCGCGCCUCUCCUGCUUCGCCGACCGCGACCGCCUCCCAUGGGCGUGUCGGCAGAACGUAUACAGGACGAUGCGUAUGAAGGGUGUAGGUUCCCGGCGGGCACGCUGUUCACGUGGAAUGCGUACGCGCUGGCGUUGAAUGAGGAGGAUUAUGAGGACGCGGCGAGCAUGACUGACAUUGAGCGAACCAAGGAUAGUCCGAUUGAUAGGAUGAACUCGGACUGGGACUCGGUGGAGAAACCGCUGUUUGGGGUGAAGAUCAAAGUGCGCAGUCCAGCGCAUGCUGAGCUUAUUAAACAGGUUGGGAUAGAGACGAUUAAUGCGGACUAG